AUGUAUGUUAACAUACGUGAUGCUGGCGAAACAGCAGUGGGGAAAAAAGAAGAAAAGAGAAACUGGAACCGUGGCGAUAUCUUCACCCGUAUUCCGCGCCACCUUCAAUAA